AUGAGCUUGGCAGGGCGGCGCAAGUCGUCGCUCGCGGGCGCGGGCGCUGGAGCCGGGGCCGACGCGUUCGGGGCGAAGCACGCCGUGACGUCGCUGCGCAAGGGCGGGCGGCUGCCGGUCUACGUGGCGAGCGUCUUCUUCGUCCUCUGCGUCAUCGUCAUGUACGGCGAGGACAUCCGGUCGCUCACGCGCGUGCCCGCGCUAACGGUGCCGGCCACCACUGGUGGUGGUGGUGGUGUUGUUGGUGUUGGUGGUGGCCGGCAAGUGGUGGUACCCCGGCGAGACAUCUCCGCUUCUGAGAAGCCCGCCGCCGUGUUGCACCACAGCGACCAGGAGAAGCCGAAGCACGCGGUGACCACGACGACGACGACCACGACGACGGAGCCGGAGCCGGUGGCUGUCGUCGAGAAGCCACCGCAGGAUAAGGUGGACACCACCAAGAGCCAGAAGAAGACGUCGUCCAAGAAGAAGGCGAAGAAGCCCCGCAGGCAGCGCGCGGCGAAGAAGACGGUGGUGCCGCCCGCGCUGGGCGUGCCGGAGACGUGCGACCUGUCCAAGGGGCGGUGGGUGUUCGACAACACGAGCUACCCGCUGUACCGGGAGGAGGAGUGCCAGUUCCUGACGUCGCAGGUGACGUGCAUGAAGAACGGCCGCCGCGACGACACCUACCAGAAGUGGCGGUGGCAGCCCAAGGACUGCUCCAUGCCCAGAUUCGACGCGAAGCUGUUCAUGGAGCGGCUCCGGGGCAAGCGGUUCAUGUUCGUGGGGGACUCGCUGAACCGCAACCAGUGGGAGUCCAUGGUGUGCCUGGUGCAGUCGGCAGUCUCGCCGGGGAAGAAGUACGUCAGUUGGGAGGGCCAGCGCGUCGUCUUCCACGCCUGGGAGUUCAACGCGACGGUGGAGUUCUACUGGGCGCCGUUCCUGGUGGAGUCGAACUCGGACGACCCCAAGAUCCACAGCAUCCAGCACCGGAUCAUCAAGGCGGACACGAUCGGGGCGCACGCCGAGAACUGGCGCGGCGUCGACUACCUCGUCUUCAACACCUACAUCUGGUGGAUGAACACGGUCGACAUGAAAGUCAUGAGACCGGGCGGCAAGAGCUGGGCGGAGCAUGACGAGGUGGUGCGGAUCGAGGCGUACCGGAAGGUGCUCACGACGUGGGCGAGCUGGGUGAACGACAACAUCGACCCGGCGCGCACGUCCGUCUUCUUCAUGAGCAUGUCCCCUCUCCAUAUCAGCCCGCAGGUGUGGGGCAACCCGGACGGGAUCCGGUGCGCCAAGGAGACGAUGCCGCUGCUGGACUGGCACGGCCCGCUGUGGCUGGGCAUGGACUGGGACAUGUUCCACCAGGCGAAGAACGUCUCCCGCCGGGCGUCGCCGCGGGUGCCCAUCACCUUCGUCGACAUCACCACCAUGUCGGAGCGGCGCAAGGACGGGCACACCUCCGUGCACACCAUCCGGCAGGGGAAGGUGCUGGGCCCCGAGGAGCAGGCCGACCCGGGCACCUACGCCGACUGCAUCCACUGGUGCCUCCCCGGCGUGCCCGACAUCUGGAACCUCGUGCUCUACACACGGAUACUGUCCAGGCCUGCACUCCAGCUCGAGUAA